AUGGCUGCAUCGAAACCCUCUACCAAGGGCAAGUCCCCAAAAGGCAAAUCCGGCCCUUCGAAAUCUUCCGGCGCCAAUAAACCGAAAUCGAAACCUAAGUCUACUGGCAGCGCGCCAGAAGGCAUAUCGAAGCGCAAGCAGAAAUCCAUGUCGCUAGCCAAGCCGGGUGGUGCGCAAAAGACGAAGAGCUUAGUGAGCAAGGAUGGCAAGAAAAAGAGGAGAGUGUAUAGCGAGAAGGAAUUGGAUAUCCCAGCUCUGAAUGGGAUUAUUCCGGCGGGCAUUGCAAAACCAAAGGGAGUUAAGAAGGGGAAGAAGUUUGUGGAUGACCCGGCUAGUAUGAUGGCCAUCAUGUCCGUAGUCAACGCCGAGAAGGAAGGACAUCUCGAGUCCAAGAUCGCCAAAGCACGCCAGCUGCAGGAAAUACGCGACGCUAAGCAGAAAGAAGCCGAGGCAAGGAGAUCAGACAAAGACCAAGCUUUCGAGGAGAGGAAACAGGACCUGAAGAAGAAGAGGAAGAGGCAUAGCGAGCCUACCGGCGGCAAGAGCGAUGAGGGUGAUAAGAUCAAGGAGAAGGAUCGGAAGUUCAAGCAGAGAAAGAGGGUUAGCUUUGGCUGA